CUUAAUACGAUAUCAGAACAUUUGAUUAUGGAGUUUAGUGUAUUGAAUUGCUCACCAAACCACAUCAUAUUAAUCGUUGAUCAUUUAAUCAUACGAUAUGACAUGCGUGUCCAAUCUUCAACACCAAAUUAACUUUCGUUCUAAGUGGCGUAUUUCUCGAAAAUAUCUCAAGAAUUCGAGUCAUUGGAAUCGAUUAUUUUCCUUCAUGGCGGGAGUGUACGGAAGUACUCCAAAGCUCCACUAUAUAUGUGUGUAACUAGAGGUACAUUUAAAGGGCACUUAAAACUGAUAACUCCUCCAAACAACGGACAAUGAUAACCAUCCAGCCUUCGUUCAUUACUUCUCCCUCCACAUUAUUCCAUCGAAGAAGCAUCAAAAGCCAACGCCACAACAAGCCAAUGCUUUCUCGAUGCUGCCUCGUGGAAAAACAUGCUCAGAAGCUCAAGGAAGCACAACGUUCGUUCAUGGUCGCGACGAGGAAAGAAAGAAUGCUUACAUGUCCCGUCGAAACCCUAGUAAUGAUCGACGCCGUUCAACGACUGGGCAUCGACUACCACUUCCAGGAAAACAUCGACGGUGUUCUUAGUGAUGAAUUCAGUAUUGCUGCUAAGAUGGCGGCCGGCGGGAGCUCCCAUGGGCUUUUCGAAGUUUCCUUAAACUUCCGACUCAUGAGGCAACAAGGUUAUCGCAUUCCUUCGGAUGUGUUCGGAAAAUUCAAGAAUGGAGAAGGGAAGUUUAACCCUAAUCUAAGCCAAGACGUGAAAGUAAUGAUGGAGGUUUUUGAAGCUUCACAGUGGAUUACUCCAGGAGAAAACAUACUGCGUGAAGCUAGGGAAUUCAGCUCACACUGGCUACGUUCAUGGAUCGCCACCAGGUCGCCAUCGCCAAAUCUCUCCGUCGGCAAUGGUUUUCUCCUAGAAGAAUUAGCGACGACGACUGAAACCGUCGCCAAUACUCUGAAGCAUCCUUGCCGCAGGAGCAUACCCAGGCUGGCGAUUAAGGAUUACUUGAGCAGCUUCGCGGCAAGAACGUCAUCAAAUGAUAAGUACUUGAAGCAUCAUUACGUGGAGACUCUCAAGGAUUUCGCUAAGUUAGACUUCAACAUGAAUCAGGCGACUCAUCAAGAAGAACUCUUUAAGAUCUCCAAGUGGUGGAAUGAGAUCGGUUUGGCAGUGAAUCAUGGGAGAGAUCGUCUGCAGGUCGAAGCUUACCUAUGGCCAAUGUCAACCCUAGCAGGCCCUGGAUUCUCCGAGUAUAGGAUCGAUCUCGCCAAGAUCGCUUCCUUCGUGUACCUAAUCGAUGACAUUUUCGACAUUUAUGGGUCGUCGUUGGAGGAACUCACACUCUUCACACAAGCUGUUACUAGAUGGGACAUUCGAAUAGCCGAGAAAUUGCCUGAUUACAUGAGGAAAUGCUUCAUGGCUCUCUAUCACGUGAUUAAUCAAAUUGGCUACGAUGUGCACAAAAAACAUGGAUACAACUCGAUCCACUCGCUCCAACGAGGCUGGGCAAAAUUGGUCGAGGCAUUUUUAGUUGAAGCCAAAUGGAUGAGAAAUGGGACAUGUCCGGCGUCGGAAGAUUACCUGAAGAACGGAAUAGUGAGCUCCGGCGUCCAACUAGUCCUCCUUCACUUCUUCUUCCUGUUGGGCCAGGGCAUAACGAAACAAAACGUGAGCCUCGUCGAUGGCGACAAUCCGCCAUUAAUAUCGCCGGUUGCUAAAAUUCUGAGGCUGUCCGACGACCUUUCUUCCACGUACGAUGAACACGUGGGUUACGACGCGUCGUACGUGGAUUGCUACUUGAAGGAGAAUCCUGGGUUGUCGGUCCGUGAAGCUAGGGAGCACGUGAUGGAUAUGAUCGAAGAGACAUGGGAACAACUCAAUCAUGAAUCUUUAGCGACGACAUUUCCGGUCGUCUUUGCGAGGGCCGUCGUCGAUUCUGCAAGAAUGGUUCCAUUUGUGUAUGGAAAUGAUGGGUCGUUCCAUGAUGACAACGAGCAUAACAGCAGCAGCAGCGUUCCAUGUCUUCAGGAUCGCAUCAAGUCGCUGCUCUUUGAAAGCAUUCCCAUUUAGUUUGUAACUUUUACCGUUUUCCCACUAUUUUCAACGGCGCGAGUGAAACUAAUUAUAUUGUGGAGUAAGAGUGUGUGCGUUUUGGAAAUUUUGUUUAAAAUAAUAUUAUUUAUUUUUUAGGUUAUAUAUUAUUGAAAUUAUACCCAAAAAAAAUAUGAUUGUAAUUAUUGUAAAAUUUUGUAGUUUUAUAUAUUAAGGGAGUUGUGAUAUGAUCGAUGUACUAAGUAUCAAUGAAGUUUUGUUGGGUAAAAGUUAAAACUAAACGUAACCUAAUAAC